CCCACGCUGAGACUGAGGGAAGGUAACAUAUACGCUGACGAACAUCCUCUGGCACCCAAGGGACCCCUGUAGACACCCACAAUCUCAACACAGCAGACGGUGGGACCAUGAAGACUGUGGUGGCUCUGCUGCUGCUCUGUCUGUGUGAUCCUGGACAGGCCGACUGCCAGGCGGACUGCAUGUCCUGCAGCAACAUCCUGCCCAAACAGCUCACUUUCAACACAAUGGUGUGUCUCACUGAGUGUGAAGCUAAAGUCUCCCCAGCCUUCUCCUGGGACUACUGUCGUAAGCUGCUGUCAUCGCCAAUCUUCUCUCUCACUAAUACCCUGCGGAAAAGAUCUCAGGAGGAGGUGGAGGCCCUAUUUCCUGAGGAGGAGCAAGUGGAAGGAGGACUUCUGCUGCCCUUUGCAAUGCAGAGGUUUGAUCAUGUGGCUCGGGCACUCGGGGUGGACGAGAGGGAUCUGGGUGGCAAGGGCAGUCUGCUGAACACUGCCUACACUUCCCAGAAGGCCCUUUCUCUUGAGGAUGCGUAUGAGGAGGAGGCAGGGCAGGAAGAAGGGGCUGCUGACAUGGCAGCAAGAGGACAGAGCGAUGUAGGGCUAAGUGUCUCCAAGAGGUUCGGAGGCUUCGUCAAAGGCAGGCACGGCUACAGGAAGCUGAUGUACCCAGGAAGAUCGUACCAGAAGAGGUAUGGAGGAUUCAUCGGCAUUCGGAAGUCAGCCCGCAAGUGGAACAACCAAAAACGUUUCAGCGAGUUGCUGAAACAGUAUCUGGGGAUGAGCACUAAGGCCACUGAGUUCAACAGCGUGUCAGAGGACCUCAGCCAACAAAAUGAAGUUUAACAGAGUGCACCUUUACGCCACUGACAUCAAACUAUUUCCUGAUGUAUUUUCACUGAUCAUGUUUUGGAUUUCAUCGACAUGUCAAAACUUAACUGGUGUCACCAAAGUUUACCUAUUGAAUCUAAUAAUAAUAAGUAAUUUACCAAAAAAUGAAAACUAAGCCUGCAUUUUCUAACUGCCAUUGCAGGCCUCUCGGUCUCAGGACAUGAGAAUUGCCGUUUUUGUUUUCCAUCCCUUUUAAAUAUGAUGCAAACUAUUUUCCUUUAAUUAUGAGAACUUCUUCUACAGACUGAAUCAACGUGACGUUGCACAAACACAACAAUCACUUCCGGGUUGACAAAUGGUAAAUGAUUUGAAUUGCGUUGGUAGGCCCAUGUGGAAUCAGCAAACCUUUUUCAUUUCUGUUGUCCUUUUCAGCCGUUACUAUAACGUUUGAAGAUUUAUAGUCAAACACGUUGGUCUGACCUAGCUGUCUGAUGUUUCUGCUUAUUUGUGCUUAUUUUCUGUUGCUUUGCUCGCGUCUUUGAGAAACCAAAACUAGCAUUAUGCGCAAGCAUUAACAUCUUGCAGCUGGUUGAGUGCUGCUUUUGGGUGGUCUCCUUUUCUUUGGUCUGUGGCUAACAGGUAGAGAUGAGAUGAGAGUAUAUCUGGUUGUUCCUCGUCCCCGUUUGCUCAGACCUGUUAAAUUGUACAUUAAACGGGACGCAGGAAAUUUGUACCCGGACGUUAUAGGACACAAACAUUGUGAUUGGGUCAAUACAUUCUCCAGUAGCUGAAUCCUGCAGUAGCGAUUUUGGGCCCCCUACAAACUACUCCUUCUGCGCUGUGGGACUCUAUAAUCCCUGGCAUCGUCCAGGCCCCAUGUCCAGCUCGGUGCACCCCGAGGCAAUCAGACCUCCCAUUUGGGGCCCCUUGUGGGAUGUAACAGUUGAACAAUCAUGUUGCAUAUGAACUGCCCAAGCCCUCACCCUCAUGAGCUUUGAAGAAAGCUCUUACUUUGGGAAUUCUUAGUAGUCCCGCAGUGGUAUGCAGUAAAAUGUAGGCUUUACUUUACUGUUUAAUGGAAUCUUAAUGUUGGCAUAAAUAUUGCUUUUCAGAUUCCAUGUAUUAUAUAGUAAAUUUUACAAAUUCAUUGCUGCUCUGGGUCAUUUGUAAAAAGUGCUAAAUCUUCUUAGAUUGAGGCCUCUAGCUGUGGUGGGUUACAUCACUGUUGAAAGUGUGUAAGUCUAGCAUGACCGCUUUCUUUAUUCCCAUCUUGUGGCAAAAUGCAGAACUCUGUCUCUUUCAAAGGACAAUACCAGUGUUUUUUCAUGUUUUGCCGCUAUGGUUAAGGUAAUGUCUGCAGUAAUGUAAACUAAAUGAUAUGUGAUUUGUGGUAAAUAAAUGAAAACAUGCAAAAAGAAAGCUAAAAUUCAUUGAUAUAUCACUGUGCCAAAACCCACCUGAGACAGGGCUACUGAGGCAGGUUUAAUGAAAAGAGCGCUCCUUCAUUCUGGUGCAACGGGGAAGUGACAGACUGCACAGCACUCAAUAUUCAUGCAUAUAUAGUAUGCUUCUGAUCUGUCUGCCAAACUGAUGUUACAUACAAGUGAGCUUCAUCUCUGAUGGGCUCUUGUGUCCAGAGGCCAGAUUCCUGUAUGUACAAACUAUUUGGUAUUUUUUCUUUCUUCAAACUGUAAUGGUGUGAAAAGUUGCCCACUAUGAGAACUUGUAAAUAGCUCAAUUUAAACAUGUCAAUAAAAGUAGUUUACUAUUUCCUUCGUGGCUUGUUAUGCAGCAAC